UUGGUAAUCACCUGUAGAUACGACGGAGAACACCCGUUGAUGCUCAUCGAAGGAACUCACAACAUAUACAGUACAUAGAUAUAUACAAGACGUGGGAAGUAUAUAAAACAGAAGAAUAACGGUUUGAAUCGUGACUAGCAAAUUGUCUAUGAAAUAUGGAUUCGAGUAACCACAAUGAGGAUGCGGACGGGGUUCCGCGGAAAGCCGAUCACCUUUGUGUCUUGAUCCAUGGAUUCUGGGGUAACCCCUCUCAUAUGGACCACCUCGCAGCGUCACUGCGACAGCGAUACAGUGAGGACCGCCUCCACGUUCUAGUCACAGAGCGAAACGUCGGAAAUCUCACGUACGAUGGGACCGAAGUCGGCGGCGAGCGAGUGGCCCACGAGAUUGAAGAAACGCUGAAUACAUUAGCUGACAAAGGACAUCCUAUCCGAAAACUGAGUAUCGUCGGGUACUCAUUCGGAGGCCUGCUGGCUAGAUAUGCAAUAGGAUUACUCGACGCACGAGGGUGGUUCGACAAGCUAGAGCCAGUCAAUUUCACAACCUUCGCGUCGCCACAUGUUGGUGUGCGAAUUCCCCGAAAGGGCGUCUGGGGCUAUAUCUGGAAUAACGUAGGGCCCCGGCAGGGGUCUAUAUCCGCGCAGCAGUUGUUCUUGGUUGACUCGUUUGGGGACUCGGGGCGACCGCUGCUUAGCAUUUUGGCGGAUCCGGAUAGUAUCUUCGUGCGGGCUCUGACGAAGUUCAAGAAUCGCAGUCUUUAUGGAAAUGUUGCCAAUGAUCGCACUACCAUCUUCUAUACUACCAUGCUUUCGAUGGUGGAUCCCUUUCGUGAUCCGGGCGACACGCAGAUUAACUAUGUUAAGGGGUAUGAGUCUGUUGUGAUUGACCCAGAUAUGUACUUUCUGCCUUCGGCGGAGCUGAAAGAGACUUUGCCAUUGGGAUCGCGUGUAUGGGGGCAAAUAACGAGAUUUUUCACCACGGCCUUGUUCUGGGCCUUGGUUGUUCUUUUCUUAUCCGUCGUCCUUCCUCUUUUCUUCUUGCACUCGAUCUCCCAGUGGUCCCACAGUCGAGAACGAGUCCGGCUACACGAUAAAGGAGAGAGCGCAACGCUCUUCAGACGAUACCGGUUGCCUCACGUCAUGGUAAAGGAAAUGCAAAGCGCCAUAGAAGAAGCCUACGAGGACGUUGGGUUCAGCCAGGACCCCGAAUACGUCUCCACCACAAGCAAAAGCAGUCCAGCAGAUUCAAUCAGGCGACGAAACUCUCCCAGUCUGAAAGCUAAAGAAGCUGCAGAGCACAAACCUGGCUCCUCCAUCACCAUUCAGGAAGCUUACCCUCAAACACCAAAGCAUGACCAGCCAAACAGCGCCCGCGAAGCAACAACAGGUGAUACCAUCAGCAAGAAGAGCCGAGCAUAUCCCACCCUCGCCCUGACGCCAGCCCAGACCACCAUAAUCGAGUCGCUCAACGCCGUGGGAUUCCGCAAAUACCCGGUCUACAUCCACAACCACCGGCAUAGCCAUGCAGCGAUCAUCGUGCGGGCAGCUAAGCCGGGCUUUGACGAAGGCAAAAUAGUCAUCAAGCAUUGGCUCGAUUCUGAAUUUCAGAUCUAAACGGGGACCCAUCGAAAAUGCGGGGUGCGGAAAUAGUCGCAUAACUGCACCCCAUCGAGUCCUCGUAUAGGAAAUAUCGACAGAGUACACGGUUACUAAUAAGCGUUCUGAAUGGAUCCGCCGCCCCGCGCCCACCACGACGCCGGUGCGUGUCCGCUUCUCGGCAUGAGGGGUCAAUGGUUCAUCCCCGACAAUAUCAACCUGCUGUAUACGUUACUAGUAGAGCAUAUCCAUGGUUCACAAUAUCCAAGCAAAAAGCGCAAGGCUGAACUCACUGCAACGAAUACACUCUCCGGUCCAACAGUAGGCAAGACCGGCCCUCCAUUAAGGUCCCGGACUAUUCUCGCGCUCAGACAAAUUCAUACUACUAGUAGAUGACCUCUUCCGCUGAGCUCCCCCUCUUGGAAUCGUGACGUCUGCUUGCAUAUUAUAGACAUGGUGUAGUGCUAUUGAACUUAAUAUUCGGAAUUGCCUGUUCCGUCUCUCCCGAUGUGUGUGUGUGAGGCUUCAAACAUGGCCUCGGCGUUACGGAUACUA